AAUGGACGGCGAUUCGCAUCGUCGUCUCAGUCCGCGCCGGACUUUCGACGAAUGAAGCGUAAAAGCUCGCGCGACUGAGUGUAAGUUUUCGAAAAAAUUAAUUUUCUCGUGAAGCGAGUCAAGUGACAAUGGAAAAGUCGACGCCGACGGCGACGCAUCAGCGUCCCUGGGCCCUAAAAGGGGGUGGGAGGGUGAAAGAGGGUACUUUAUGGUGGUUUCUAAUAGGUAUUGUGAUGCUAUUGUUUUUGAGCAAAUGUGAAGUUAAUGCUCAAGAUUUAAUGUGCUGUACCCACACCUCUGGUACUUGCCGAAGUAUUUGCGAAAAUAUAUCAUUAGUAGUGUUAGCUGGAGACUUAGAAAGAAGAAACAGCACGAUACUACAAGUAGAAUCAUAUUGUUCACCUCAGCUGAUUGCCUUUUGGGAGUGCCUUAACGCCACUAUUAAUGAUAUCUCAAGGGGGGACUCAUGGCCUGGCCGAGCCUGCUGUCAACUACCCUACAGCGAAAACUGUAGAAGGGCAUGCGUUACUGCUACAUCUGCAGAAGAUCUGAGCCGUAGCUGUAGACAAAGCGACGAAAUACCAUUUUUCACUUGCAUUGAUAAGCAACAAACUGGGGAGGACUGUUGCAGUGCUGCUAGAAGUGACGAGUGUGCUGAAGCUUGCAGUGAUAUAUUUCAUAGCCAACUAACUCCAAAUAAAUACCAAAGGCAAAAGCUGAAAGAAGAAUGUGAGCAAACCAGUCCCAGAGUAAUCGAAUGUGUCAAGGACCUUAUCAAGGUGACCCCUGUCAAAAAUACCCAUAAACAUAUGCACUGCUGUGAUAUCUCAAACAAUAUCAAAUGUAGAGAAACAUGCAAAGAAGUGUUAUCAGAAAAAACGACAUUUCAAGAGAUGAUUGACGGAUUGGAGCUUGGGGACUGCGGUUUACCUUUACCGCAGGAAAGAUUUUGGCAGUGCUUUAUGUCCCCACCAUCGGACGAACCGAACUUAAGUGCCACCUCAAUGGAAAUCUCGAGAAUCGAACGGGUUGGCAUGGACAGUGCCAAAUGGCACUGCUGCCAACGGGCCAAUUCAACUCAAUGUUCUCGACUGUGUUCUAGAACUUUCACCAAAUCGUGGUCUACGUCUUGGGAUGAUUUUCAUUUAAAGUGUCUUAGUAGCAUCUACGAAGAGACUUUAAGAAAUUGCAUCGAUGAAGUGGAUGAGCCUUGUGAACUUGGCUGCGAUGGACUGUCAUUCUGUACGAACUUCAAUAACCGCCCCACCGAACUAUUUCGAUCAUGCACUUCACAAGCAGAUGAAGCAGCUAGGAGUGAAGUUACCGUAUGGCAAAAUCAAAACAAUAUCACAAUGCCUGGAUUAUUGACUUUACCACUGAAGCCCGGCGAAAAAUGUUCGAAUAUCUGGAAGGCUGUGGCAUGUACUUUACAGAUUAAACCUUGCUCUAGGCAUGCUCAUGCCAAUCAGAUUUGUAGAGACGUUUGUCUAGAAAUUCUGCAGCAAUGCGCAGACUGGAGUAAAUUGUCCCCGAUUUAUUCUGCAGAAAGGAUUUGUGAAACUCUAAGUCCAGAAGAUCCAAAUAGUUCUUGUGUUAGAGUGGAUGACUAUUUGAGGCCCUCCAAUAAUAAUUAUCCAAGAAUAACAGGUCAGGUUUCAAGCCCAUGCAAAGCAAAUCCUUGCGAACCGAAUGAAGUCUGCCUAAUAAAUAAGGGAUGUUCCCAAGGACUGGACUGUAAAUCUUAUAUUUGUCAACCAGGAUGCAAACUGGGAGAAGUGUCUCAAUAUAUGGUUCCUGAUGGCACCUACGUGCGGAUACCCAUCCCAAACAAUCCAAAAGGAUCCUUAAAAAUUUGCAAAUGUAAUAAGCAUCGUAUCGAAGAGUGCCAACCGUUGCUUCACGUUUCUUUAACCUCUUGUCUACUUGGUAAUCAGCAACAGCUGCACGGUUCAACUUUCAACAUUGACUGCAAUACUUGCAGUUGCUUUGCCGGAGAACUCAUUUGCACUAAGAAACAAUGUGAAAAUAGCGCUGUAGGUGGACGAAAUACUGCUUAUACCACUUUGCCUUGCAAUUGCCCUCCUCACUAUAUGCCCGUUUGUGGAAGAAAUGGAAUUACUUAUCCGUCAGCUUGUUUGGCAAAAUGUGCUGGCUUAAAUGAUGCAGACAUUGAUCGCCCGCCCUGUCCAAACCCAUGCAAAACGAACAUUUGUCCAAUUGGACAAAAAUGCGUUCCAAAACUACAGAUAUGCCUGUCAUUGAUGGAUAAAUCUUGCAAGCAAUAUGAAUGCAUAAAUGGCUCGGCAGAGUGUGACAGCUUACCAAACGAUCCAGUUUGCGAUGAAGAUAAUCAAGAAUAUUACAACUCCUGCCUCCUGGCUCAUCAUAAUGCUAAAUUGGCAUAUCGGGGACCUUGUCUGAAGAAUUGCAGAUCUAGAGGACAUGUAUGUGGUAUCAAUGGAAGGACUUACAGCUCAGAAUGUGCAGCUCAUGCUGACAUGAUAUCAGUGGACUAUGAUGGGCCUUGUCUCUCAAUAGGUUUGAUGACAAAGACGAAAUCUAAACAGUGUCCCAAUGUAAAAUGUCCUCACCUUCCUGAUGACAAUUGCUUGGGACUCACACCACCUGGUGCCUGCUGCCCCCUAUGUGGAGGCGCUCUACGGUUGCUCUACAGUCGAAAACAAAUUGAUCGAGCUCUUUAUGCUCUACAAAACAAAUCUACCGAAGCAGUUAAUUUAAGGUCUUUUCUUAAGGGAUUAGAUAGACAGAUACAAGUGGCACAAUGUACAAUAAGAGGCUACGUCACUGUGGAGUCUGAUGUGUUUGUUGUAGUGCAAUCUACCGAGAGAUCUCCGUCUUCACUUCAGUUAGAAGCUUGCGUAAGAGAAGCAGAAAAGUUAGGCAGCCUGGUGAACAGCAAAAGUCCAAGAAUAGCUAGCGAGCUAAGUCUGAGUUCUCUUACAGUAGCUACCUCCGUACACACUGACGUCACCACCAGCGGUGGCCAAUCGAACUCUUUCUCCUUUCCUCACUCGUUUUCAUUUUCUAACUCAUUUUCUUUAUCUUCCAAAGUUUUUAUUUUUAAUCUUGUUAUUGUGUUUUUCUUGUGACUUUUUGAAUGAUUUUAAAAGAGUUGCGUUUUAUCUGUGAUAUUAUAGUUUUAGAAGUAA